GCGGAAGCGAACGGACCGUCAGUUCUAAUUUGAACUCUUGAUGUUUCCCGCUCACGGCGUUGGAGUCGGUGCAGCUGCGGGACAUUUAAAGAGCCGGUGUGUGUGGGUCUGGCGCCUGCCUAAGCAGCAGAUUUUAAAAUAUGUAGGGGUGAAGUAAUGUCUGCUGCAGAUCUUCAAGGUUCAUUGCGACGUUCCCUGGAAGGAACAGGUGACAGUUCCCAGAUUAUUCAACUGAAAACUAGUAUGGGAUCAAGGAAUAUUAUCAUUCCAAAAUUGCCUUCUCAGGAAAAGCAAAAUCCUCCUAAUGAAAUUGAGAGUUUGCAGAGUACCAUUAAUCAGCUCCAGAAUCAAAUCAAAUAUCUGCAACCUGGGGAUGGUAGCCUGAAUUCUACAGAUUUCAGGUGGAGACUGAAUAAAGUGGAAAAAGAAAAAUUGGAACUAGCCAGCAAAUUUAAUGAAGAGCGUUCAGCAUUUGAAAGUCAUGUUGCUAGGUUGCGAGCACAAUUGGAGAAAGGAGAGGCGAUGCGGCAGACCUUGGAAUAUGACCUAGCUGUGGCCAAGAAAGAAGCCAGUGUUGUGCGAUCUACUUCAGAAGACAGAAUAGAGGCCAUACACAAAAUACAUGCACAAUUGAAAGUACAAAAUUCAGAACUUCAGCAGAAAGUGGAGAAUUUGGAAAAGACUUUACAAAUUUUGCAACGAGCAAGGGAGGAUGAUCAGCAGAGAUUCCAAAGUGAACAAGAGGACCGAGAGAAGAUAAUUCAAAACUCUAAUACAGAAAAUGAAUUCCUGAUUGCUGAAAGGAAUCGAAUUGAUGCCAUCUUGCAGGACCAGGAACAAACAUUUGUUGAGCUGCAAAAGCGAUUAAAAGAACUAGAAGUUGAGCGCAACAGUCUUGCUGAAGCAUUGCGAAGACAGGCGAAAGAACUUGAGUACAGCAUUGAUCGAGAGGAGCGUCUGAAAAAAGAGCUGGAGGUUGGACAACAAAGAGUGAAAACAUUGGAAGAAAAUAUUGAGGCAGAAAGAGCUGCCCAUCUAGAAUCAAAGUUUAACUCUGAAAUUAUUCAGUUACGGAUCCGUGACCUUGAGAAUGCAUUGGAAGUGGAAAAGUCAAGCCAUGUAAAUGCAGUGUCAACUUUGGAAUUGAUCAAGCAACAACUCAGGGAUGUUGAAUUCUCAUAUGAAAAAGAGAAAACAAAAGUUGUAGAAUCAACAAAUCAACUACAAAAAUUACAGAAGGAAUGUACAGUUACAAAAACUCAAUUGACAGUUGAGUUGGAAGAGAAGAAUGAUGUGAUUGCCAAUCUUUCAAAACAACUUCAAAGGCAAGAGGAAAGUUUUGAAAAUCUUCGAGAUGAACUAACAAAAGUAAAGAAGCAUCAUGCUUUCCUGGAAGAGACGUAUGGGGGCAGCAUGAGAGAGCUGGAACUCCUUUUGGCCAAUUUUGCUGUGUCAGGUCCACGGACAUCAGUCAAUCAAAAGGACAAAGAGAAACCAUUAAGCCCCUGUGUCGUCCUUGAGAAUUUGAGAGAAACUUUGACAGAUUACCAGAGCAGAUUGGAAGACACGUCUAAUGAGCUAAACAGAGUGAAGGAUUUAUAUGACAAGAUAAAUGAGCAGUGUGAGGCUUACAAAGAAUUGAUUUGGUCACGAAAUGAAAAUUGUGAGAAAGUUCAGGAAGAAUUGGCAGCAGCAAAUAAAAAAUUAAACCACUGGCGAAGUGAAUGUGCAGAAAAAGAUGCACUUAUUGAUGCUAUGAGCAUGGACCUACAAAAUGUGAAACGUUGUUUUGAGAGGGAGAAAAAUUCCAUUGUUGAAGCUAAAAAUGAAAUCCAAAAGCUUACAUCGGCUCAUCAAGUGGAUGUAGAGGAGAAACUGACCUUCCUUCACAGCUUGUAUCAGCGUCUAACGGCAGGCUGUGUAGUCAUGAAACAACCAGAUGGCAUGCUGGCGAAAUUCUCCUGGCCAGAACUGUGCUCUAUUCUGCAAGAAAAUGUCGAUGCCCUCAUUUCAGAUCUUAACAAGGCCAAUGAAAAGGAAUCAUAUUUGGAGCGCAUUCUUCAGAAUAAGGAAGAAACUAUACAGCAGCUGCAGCAAAGCCAAGAAACUACCUUCAAUAAACUAAGUGAACAGAUGAAGGAACGAGAGGCUAGCUGGCAAAAACAGAAAAAUGAAAUGGAGCAGCAUUAUUCUGGACUCCUUGGGGAGGUUCAUUCAAGGGCACAGUCAUGUCAUCUUGGAGCAGAAGAAGCCAAAGAAAAAGUUUCCAGUCUGGCAAAAGUCAAUGACCAGUUAACACUUGAACUGUCGCUUACAAAGAAACUAUUGUCUCAGAAACAGAAGGAGCAUGUUGCUUUGCUGGCGGCUUGUGCUCUGAUGGCAGGUGCAUUGUACCCAUUAUACAAUAGAUCCUGUGAAUUGUCUGUGCAGAAAGACUUCCUUAAAGAACAAGUGAACACGUGUGAAUAUUUCAAAAAUGAAAUCAGGACUGUUGUUCAGGUUCUUUCUCUGGAAGGGAAUCCUGGCAAAUCAAAGAAAAGGAAGAAACCUCAAAGAGGAUUGGUUCAGGUUUUCAGAAAAACUGUUAUUGCUAUCAUAGCAGCCAACAGACUUCGAGCCUUUGGCCGGGGAUGUAGGCCACUAUUUAUUUGGAGUGAGGGAAUAAAGAACAAACCAAGACUUGCAGUUUGCUCCGGCAGCACAAAAUCCUGUGUCACUGGUUCAAGACAAGAACAGGAGCAGAACCACUUUAUGAAGGCUGUUGGAUGGUUUUCAAGUUCUGACCUAUUGACUGCAAUUGUUGAUUCUAUGUCUGAAUUACAGGAUGUUAUCACUAAAGCACACCCAAAUCACCUUCUUUCAAACUGGCCAAUGGAAAAUGCAGCCAAGAGUUCUUUUUCAAAAUUCAUGGACAGAUUAAUUGUGGAGAUGGAAAAUGUUUCUCUGUCGUGCAGCAGACACAUUGGAUAUGGGCAUAAAAGAUCACUGGUACAAUUAUUGAGCUCUGGUCUAUGUAAAGUCAAUGCCAAGGCAGGAAAAGAAGGAUGUCAGGUCACCAUGCCAAUAAAGCAAUGCGUGGAAGUUUUGAAGAAGCAGAUCCUUGAGUUCACUCAGAGGUUGCAUGCAGCAGAAGUAGAACGACGUUCAUUGCGCUUGGAACUCACACAACUCAAAAAUUACGUGAGUGACUUGCAAAGAGAAACAGGGAAAGCUCAGAACGUUGAACAGCAGCUGAAUGACCUCAAGCAGUCUCUGAAGAUCCAGAAGAUGGUUCCAUUUGAGAGAUUUGGCAAUAUUUGUGAAGAGCUGAAUAAUGCCUUGCAUAGGGAGCAGCAAGCCCAGCUUCUGUUAAAUGAACAAGCCCAUCAGAUGCAGGAGUUAAAUCUGCGACUGGAGCAAUAUUCAAGUGAAGAAGCUGAGAAGAAUCAAAUGCUCUCUGAGGCUGUAACGUUUCAAAAUAACAAAAAAGGAAAAGAGCCCGAAGCAAAAGUUUGGGCACCCUGCAUGAGUCUCUCCGAAGCAAAGAUGGAACUGAGGAGAAAAGAUCAAUCUUUGCGUCAGCUAAACAAAAACCUGGCACAGCUGGAGCAAGACAAGCGCCAACUUGAGGAGAGUAUCCAAGAUGCAGAAAACGCCCUGUGCAAGGCAGCAAAAGGCAGAGAACACUUGAUUAGUUACCUGAGAGCUUUGGAUGUCACCUUUCAACAGGUCAGAGAUCAGAUCUCACUGUCAUGGUCUGUGACAGCAAGAAACGACUUUACCCUGCAGCUCCCUAAACUGCAACUGGAGACCUUGGUAGCGAAGGGGCCAAAGGAUGGGAUGGAGGUUACAUCAUUGCAGAACUUAACCCAGACUUUUAUGGACAUUUACCAGCUGGCUAGCUCCAGGGUGACUGCUCUGGAAGCAGAAAUCACUUCACAUCAAAAACAUAUUGGGGCUCUUAAAUCAGAACUUCAGACUGCAUGCCUGCGUGAAAAUAAUGCCUUAGUUCCAUUAAUGAGGACCCAGCUGAAUCAACCAUUUGCCUCCCAUUCUGAAAUGGUGUUGCCACACGAGAAGAAUAUCAGCCAGGACUUUGCACCCUUACAGGCCGAAAUGGACACUUCAUACAGCGUUCUGAGAGAGAGGUCAGGGAACAGCCGACCACAAUCACAUUCCUCAACCUACUCUCUUCGUGUUAGUUCAACCACUGGAUCCUUGAGACCAGUGCAGAAUGGCUUCUACAGUACAUUUAGAUAACAAUUUGAAAAUCUAUUUUAAUGCAUGCCUGUAUGCCUGAAGUAAACAACUCUUUUUCAAUGGCAAUCAUAAGCAAUCCUGUACUUAUGUGUUAAAAUAAGCUUCAUUAUUAUUUGUUUGGUUUUAAUUUUUUAUUGAAUAACUGUAUUUUGAAAUGCAAAAAAAAACACUUAAAGUAAUUUUGCAUAGGUUUAAAAUCAAUAAGCCAUUUUAGUCUCUAUCUAUCAAAGUUUUUAUACAUGUCUGUUUUAAAGUGGGAUACAGCACUUUAAUAGGAUCGCUAAAGCUAUUUGAAGUGUAUACCAAUGAUUCCUGUCAUUUCAUGGCAGCGCUGCCAUGGUUCACUGAGCCCCCUCUUCGUUCUUGUCAACCAAACUGAAGACAAGCAUUUAGUUGCAAACUUUAAGCAGGUUGUGCAGAGCCGAGAGGAUGUGACUGGUUCUUCUCGACACAAUAAUGUCAUUCCUGGUCAGUGUGAGAAGGUCAGAUUGCCUUUCUCUGAGUUACAUGAUGAUAGCAUUGCCCAGCUGAAUAUACUGAGUUAACAGUUGGAUCUAGUCCCUGCAGGCCUCCAACCUCAACCUUUUACCGGUCUGAUGAAGAAAGGUGAAACAAAUGUGCCUGGAGGACUGGAGAUGACGUGUAUGUGGUGCACAAGGUCAAUGCCUGAAUCAAUGUCGUUAUUGCAACUAAUCCAAUUAACAUGUUUUCAAAGACUCUUUAAAGUAAUUCCUUUAGCCUUAGUGGCAAAAGUGAAACAGGUUUAUUAAACUGGAGCACUGUGGUUAAGAUAAUCUCACGGACCGUAAGUCCUGCUGCAGAUGCUAUGUAGCACUCCCAGAUUUCACUGGCAGUCUGUUACCAAGUGUGAUGUUUCACAGCAGAACAACCUGGUGUCAUUCUCUCCAUCCUGUAUUACAGCAUGCCCAUAUAGAUUACUGUUCCUUUUUACUCAAGCAAUGGAGUAUGCCUCCUAUUCCCUCUCGCCUGAGAGAAAUGUACUGGAACACAAAGUUAUACAUGGGAGCAAACAAAAAAGGUGCAUGGAGUAAAUCAAGUAAGAAGAAUGUAAUAUUUUUGUAAUCCCUAGGUUGAUUAACCUUCUUUCCAUCAAACUAUACCACCUGCAAAAAAAAAGGUCCAGUGUUAGAACAGGAGCAAUUGCCCUGCAUUUUCUGCUUUGUAGCACACAGAAGGAAAAAGCGCACGUCAGGCCAAGAUGUCAGUGUGUUGACAGCAAGCCCCUGUGACAUUUCAGCUCGAAAGAGCAAAUGUCUUGCAACCAACUGGUCAAAUAUCAAAUAAUAGGUCAGGCAGGAAGAAGCUGAGUGGUAACCACGAGGCGAUUUCUGGUAACAUCUUUGACAAGCUUUUAGGUGCCUGUAAUUUAUGAAGUGAUAUUCAGUUGGUCACCAAUAUAUUGUACCUUGUCUAAUGUUUUCAAUAAGUAAGUUUUUUAGUACUAGAUAAAGCCUUUUUUCACUCAGAUGUAAGCACUAUUGUUACCAAAUGUUUGAUGAGGAAUUUGCUUCAGUGAAAAUAGAAUUUUGGGCCAAGUUUUUUUUAAACUUGUUUAUAAACUCUUUAAGUAGGUGUGGAGUAAGAAUGUUUUUGCACAAUCAGUACAGUAAUUGAUAGCAAAAAUAAAUUCGAUUUGCAUUUAGGACUAUUUUUAUCUUUACUCCCCUUAAUAUCUAGCCUAUUACAAUAUUCAUUAAAGUUAUUGAAAUAAUGUGAAAUUUAUUUAUGCAAAAUAUUUAAACCACCAAAAAAUACCAUCCUGUCUUGUGUUGCUGGAGCUCCCAAAUAAAUUAUAGCUAUUCUCUAAGUAAUUCUGUGAAUUCCUAGGUGGGGAGGGUGAGCUGUUUUGAAAUGGGUGCUCAACAUUUGGGAUAUCAGCAGCUUACUCAGCAAAGCCACUUUUCGGUUUGAAGCUUUGUUAAUACUGAGCUGCAGGCAAUAAAUAGGGAAACCCUCUGCAAUCCAUUUCUUACUUGCAAUGGAAAACUGGGCAGAUGUAGCCACAGAAGGUUAACAGGAAAAGCUGGGGACAGGGUUGUGAAGGUGUGUGAUGAGAAUAGGCUGGCAGUAGGCCAGAAGAUUGUUGGGAAUGGAGGGUAACCCUGAAGUUCCUAUGCUUUUAAAGCAAAAGGAAUAGUGUAUUUUUCAGACUUGUUGAACCUCACUUGAUCACGGGUUUAGGCCAUAUUGAUGGUCUGAGAUCUGGCUACUUACAGGAGGCAUCUCAAGGUACUGGAAAGGCACCACCAACAACUGUUUGUGCAAAAUCCUCCAAAGCCACUGGCAAGAUAAUAGAACCAACAUCAGUAUUCUCUCCCAAGCCGACAUCCCCAGCAUUGGGGCCUAAUUACACUUAGCCAGUUCUAACGGGCUGGCCACAUCACUCACAUGCACAACACCAGCCUCCUGAAACAGACACUCUUUCAUGGCAAAUAAUUACCAGGUAGACAAAAGAAAUGAUUUGAGCCUGCUCUCAAAGUCUCCCUAAAAAGAUGUAAUAUUACCACUGAAUCAUCGGAAUACAUGGCCUGUGAUCACUGAAAGUGGGGAAGGAACAACUGAGAUGGUACUUAGAACCCCAAGACUAUUUAUCGGGAGUGCAAUGGAGGAAGGAUCACACCAUCACUGCCCACACACCCACCCCAUCAAACAUAUCCUGCACUACCUGUGGCAGAAUCUGCAAGUCCUACAUUGACCUCAUCAGCCAGCUCAAAACCCACAAAACUGGAGAGUUUGCAAGACAUUCUUUACCCCAAGAGAUAAUAAAGACCAGACUUCACAUUCCUGAGAACCAGUGAUAGCUAAACUAGUUAAACUCUAGUAAACUUUGCAAACCCACCCCAAUCCAAUAGUAUAAUGCUCUUUAACAGUGAGGUAGCUUAAAUCUUAAAUCAUAAUCUAAAUCAUCUUUCACCAGGAGGAUUGGUGGGAGUAUUUUCCUGUCUUUGGUUGUAAGUAAGUUCAAAAUCAGUUUACAUCUGAAUCUCCUAUACAAAAUGCUCACAGUUUUUCACUUUUCUUUGGCAAAGAUCUUCCCAGCUGCAGGCACAAACUCAUUGGUCCUGGAGAUUUCAGCAUUCAGAAGAGGAAAUAAAAAUGGAAGUCAAACUUUAAUUAAAAAUUUAGGAAGUUUCUGGCAAGCAUGAAAAAGACAUUUAAACUCAUUAGCAACGUGUUACAAAGAGCAGAAGCAUGGGACUAAGAGGUGGUGGGUCAGCUUGUACAAUAUGUGAGAACAUAGCCAUUUCCCCUCCUUCUCUCCGGUGCCUACAUGAUAGAGAAACUGUUCCAAAGCCCUUGAGCUUUGACAGGGCUGGCAAAGGACCUGGAUGGAUGCCUUUUGGCACUUCAGUCUGUAUGUCUCAGAUGUAUAGGAUCUGUGUAUACAUUUCCAAAAAUGUAAUGAUACUGAGUUUAUUAUCAAACAUUCAGAUUUUAAUCAGAUGCUAAAGUUGAAUCUAUUGUACUGUUUUGUAAGCACCAAGGUUGUAAAAUAUAAAAAAGUUAGUCAUUCCAACAUUGGCUGUUAAUCUUGAUUCAAGAUAUAUCCGGCGUUCUAUCCAUUCUAAGUAAAACACUUAGUAAAAUUGAUGUCUUAUAUGCGAGAUCAGCAAACCUUCAGGAAAAUAAAAGCCCAGUGCUAAGUCAAUUGGAAAGUGCUGACAAAUUGAAGGCUUUGUCAAAAGAAUCUCAUAAUUGGAUGAAGGUUAUUUUGCACAUCUCAAUAUGUACUCUCGAUAUGAUUUUCAUAUCAUAGUAUUUUUGAAUCUUCCCAAACUGGCAAAUCUCCCAUGGUAUCAUUAGAGGUGCUUAUCUGAUAUUAUACCAUGGGAUAUUUGCUGUGUUUUUUGCUGUGUAAUGAACAAUAAGUUAUUGGUAUCAUCAAUUACUGUUGAUUGAAUGAAUAUAUUAAGUUGUGCUUUGAGUACCACUGGAGCUUUAGUCAUUAAGGAUUGACUAUUUGUGUGGAAACUACUAUCAAAUGUUUAAUUAACAACCUUUUAAUGUAUUUGUGAAACUCUUCUAAUUGUCCAGAUUUCUUUAAUUUUGAAUUUCAAAUGAUUUUUCUGUUGCACUAUUAAUGUGCAUUUUUAGUUCCAUCAGAGAUUAUGAGCUAUUGGAGAUUUGGUGUAAGCAGUGAAUUUCCCUAUCUGUCCAUCUGAAAAAUGCCUGUGGUUCUUUUGGUAUAAAUAAUAACAGAAGGAAAUUCUUUUAUCUUCUCCAAGGCCGUGCACUGUUUUGUGUGUUCAUUGGAUCAUUGGUCUCUACACUAAGCCUGCACUAAUGUUACUUUGAUGAAAUGCCAAUAUUCUUGCAUUUGGGGAUGCAGCACACCCAUUGGAUAUCGAGAUUGGGAACUUGCUGUGUGGGCACCCUAUAUCAUCUUGCAUUUUUGGCUAGGUGCAACUAUGAAACAAUAUGUCAGCCUUUGAGAUUUGUAUCACUUUUAUUCCCUAAAGUGGCAAACCAGUUUAACCUGUGUAUAUGUUGAUAACCUAUGCAUGCACACCACUUCAUCCAGUGUUGGUCAUAUAAUCCCCUAAUUGUAUGAAUCAUCUA